AUGAAUUACAACCAGGGACCACGCCAGGGCCGCAACCCGCAGCAGCUUUAUGCGCGUCAAUCUCAACAGACACAGCAGCCACAGCAACAGCAACAGCAGGUGCAGCUGAAGAUGUCCAUGCUUCCCCCGCAAUUCCAGAACCUUUCACCUCAGGAACUCCAGGAGUUAAAAAACCAGCCCCAGUUCCAGAACGCCCUCCGCCAAUACUACCAGCGGCAACAGAUGUCGCAGCAGCAACAGCAACAGCAGCAGAUGCGCCAGGGCCAGCCCAUGGGCCAGGGUAUGGGUGCUAAUCAAGUCAGAAAUAUGCCUCAGAAUAUGGGACAGAACAUAGGCCAAAAUAUGGGCCAAAACAUGAGUAACGUGGGCCAGAAUAUGGGUAAUGUGGGCCAAAAUAUGGCUGGAGCGGCCAACAUGGCGUACCGUGGGCCUCAGCAAAAACAGAAUCUCACCCAACAGCAGAUUUACAGUAGAAAUCUUCAGCAGGCAUACUGGAAACAGCUGCAACAGGCACAGCAGGCACAACAGGCACAGCAGGCAAAAAUGCAGCAACCUGUUAAUGCCAAUAUCAACAUGAACCGAACACAGAUGGCAGCAGCAGCAGCACAGAGUAACCCAUCGCAAGCUCAAAUGGCUGCGAUGUACAAGCAAAUGCAAGGCCAGCAGCAGCAACAGCAGCAGCAGCAAGCUUACGCUCAACGCACUCUGAUUCCGGGCCAAGGAAUGACCUCUCAGGUGGGCGCCAUGGGUGCCGCAAUGGGUGCUGGCAUCGGCUCAGGAAUGGGUGCUGCUAUGCCUGGUGCGCAAGUUAAAGCUCCUGUUGGUGGUAUGGUUCCUGGAGCUUACACUGGCAAUUCAAUGGGAAAAAUCGUUCCAGGAGCUCUGGGUCCCAUUGCCGGGGGUUCUGGAGCCGUUGCUGCUGUCGCUGCUGCUGCAGUAAGAGGAGGAUCUGUAGUGGCUAGUGCUGCGAUGCCAUCCCCAGACCCAGCAGCCACCAAGGCUGCGGCAAGUAUGGUGAGUAAGGAAACUGUCAAGCUCCCGCCACGGUUCGCUUCCGACUCGGUCAGCAAGGUGCAGUUACGCCCGCUCAAAUCAGCCACAGAAUGGUCUGAUAAGCUCAAAGACGAAGGCGCAGAUGUGCCAUUGGAUGUCAAAGUGUAUGAGAACAUUAUCAAGAAAGACGAACAAUUUCUUCGGAAGACUGCUCAGCAGACGUCCAAGCAGAAACAUCAAGUGGAGAAAAUGGCGCUUGACAUCAAAACCUACAACACCAUUAAGCAACUACGGAUGAACUCCAUCGGGGCCUCGGCGAAGAACCAGUACAAUAAUAGCAUCUGGGGAGAAGGUUACCAAGGUUACGGAAACGGCGUGAGCAAUACCACGACGCUGGUUGUUUUGCCCCACCAAAACAAAUCUUUUACAAAGGUGCCUGCCAUUCCUUUCACAGAGAGCCAGUUGAAUGAAAAGUUGCUUAAGAGCUAUAAAUCAGGUAAACCGCGCCACUUCGUACCUAUCCGAUUGGACUUCGACCAAGAGAGAGAUCGUUUCAAACUUAGGGACACUUUCCUCUGGGACAUUAACGAAGAGACUUAUCCUUUAGAGAAUUUUGUGAGGACUCUCAUUGAAGACUACAAAUUCAUUCUGGAACAACAUUACCAUACCGUCCUUUCUGCUGUCAAUGAACAGAUCAAGGAUUACAAAAAGAAACCAGAUAAGACAAUGGGAGAGAUACGUGUUCCCAUUAAAAUCGAUCUUAUCAUCAACAAUACCCAGUUUACCGACCAAUUUGAGUGGGAUAUCUUGAACUUCGGAGAAAGCGAUCCGGAAGACUUUGCUACUAUUUUAUGCGAAGAAUUGAGCUUGCCUGGAGAAUUUGCAACCGCCAUUGCCUUCAGCAUAAGGGAACAGGCUCAGCUUUACCACAAAGCAUUGUUCUUGGUGGGAUACAGUUUCGAUGGUUCGGCAAUCCGUGAAGAUGAAAUCAGAUCGCACCUAUUGCCAACUUUACGUAUGAUCAACCCAGAGUUGGGCAAUUCUGAAGAUUUUGUUAGCACAUUGAGAAACCCAGGUAUGGUUGCCGACUUCUCACCUUCUGUUGGUAAGCUCACGCAGCUGGAGAUCGAGAAGAUAGACAAGGAAAUGGAAAGGGAGCUGCGCCGUAGAAGAAGACACUUCGCCAGUGAGAGUGCAUUCACAUACAACGAGAACUCUGCCCAAUUUGGAGCUGGUCGUGGUACCGCUUCCAGAAGAAACGCUCUCCACUCUGGUCGUGGAGUGAAGACCACUUUGCCUGACCUCUCAGAUAUUCCCAAGAACUUCCGCACGCCAAUGCCAUCCAGUGUCUUGCCAGGAGGAAUUGAUCUUGGAGUCCCCGACAUCUACGGCUACAAUGAGCUUGUGAUCAACAGAACACAAAUCAAGAACCCCGACUACAAGCCACCCGCACCUCCGGGUAUGGUGACCUCAUUCAGAGACAGUACUGGGUCGUUCUACGUGAAGAUUCUGUUUUCCAGACGCAGACAUUAG